AUGCAGCUUUUUACCGGCAUCGCACGAGCUUUUCAGCUUCUUUUCACGAUCGUCGUUCUCGGUCUUUCGGUUACCCUCGCUAGAGCUCAAGGUCAUGGCAGUGUCCCAGCCCAAACUGGAUAUGCGGCCUUCGCCGGUGCACUUGGCGUCCUCGUUUCACUAGUCGGUAUUGCAGCUCUAUUCGUCGAGAGUUUGAGCGGGAUCAUUGCGUGGGCAUUAGACGCCUUUGCUUCCGUUGCGCUCCUGGUUGGCGGAAUUAUCUACGCCGUUGCACUCAAAGGUGUUAACUGCUCCAAACCUGAGGAAUAUGCUUGGGAUAACGUGCUGGUCAGUGGUGGAUGCGAAAAGUACAAGGGGGAUAAAUACUGCUAUACAUUGACUGUGCAUGGCAAGAGCGGUGUCAAGUCUAAUUGCAUUAGUGCUGAAGCUGACACUGCUUUCAUGUUCCUUGGUUUCCUGGCCUGUCUUGCGGCUCUUGUUGUGGGCUUCCUUACUCGGCGCUCAUAG